GCGGGAGAUGUAUAAACAAGGGAACGGGCUGCGUUCACCCUCCAGAAUUUCUUUCUCUUCUGUACGUGUCAGAUAGUGAAUUUCCAGUCUCGCUUUCUCUUCGUCCGUCUAGAAUUUGAGUGGCUGUAUUUCGUUUCCGAACGAGAUAUGGUCAAGGCGACUGAUAUCCGCUGUGAGAACCGGUUGUGUAGCGCUAUAAACGUAAAACAUUUGCUCGGUUCGUGUCAUUUUCUACACGGAGCUGAAGUGCCAGUUGCCCAGCCAGAAAAUAUUUGCAACGUCAGUAACGGCCAACUAGCCAAAUUUCGUUCCUCGUAUUUCAAACGAACUGAAAUGCGUCUCCUUAACUUGAAAUCUGGAUUCCUGCGACGAAGGAUGUCAGAUUCGCCCUUGUCGGUGAGGCCCCAACCGGAGGAGGCGAAAAAGUGGUCGGAAUCUUUCACUGCUCUGAUGGCAUCCAAAUACGGAUCUUCUCUUUAUCGCGCCUUUUUACUGCGAGAAUUCAGCAACGAGAAUCUGGAAUUUUGGCUGGCCGUUGAAGAAUACAGGAACUCUAAACCCCAAAAGAUGGCCGCUAAGGCUCAACAGAUUUACAAUGACUUUGUCGCUGUCCAGGCUACUAAAGAGAUUAAUGUUGAUGCCGAGACAAGACUUGUCACGCUGAACAACGUCCAGUCAAAUCAACCGGACCAACACGCGUUCGAUCGAGCCCAGAAACGAAUCCAGCACAUGAUGGAACGCGAUUCUUAUCCUCGUUUCCUCCAAUCGAAACUCUUUCUUGAACUAGCCCACCCGGAACGAUAUUCGGAGUCUAUCGGUGACGUAACGGAAAAGUCUUUGCCGGCGUGAUGAUAACACACACACACA